AUGCCAGCCUUCAAAGAGAUGCUGGUUUUCCCAGUGCUUCUAGCUCUCGUUGGAUUGACCAAAUGCCAGGAGUUACCAAGUUAUGACAUGCUAGAGGAGUUCCGUGUAUCUAAGUCCAGAGGGGUGAGGAAAGUGGUUGGAUCUGAACCUGAUUCAGUGGCCUACCGUGUGAACCCUGCCAUCCACCUACGCAAAACCAUGAGCGAUGUGUACCCCGAUGGCCUGCCCUCCGACUACUCCGUCAUUACCACAUUUAAGGUGACGAAGGACACCGCCAAGAGGUCCUGGAACUUGUGGCAGGUCAGCGACCCCGAUGGACGUGAACAGGUGGGCCUCCGUUUUCAGGGUGACACACGCUCUCUGGACUUCUUCUACACCAGCCCCCUUGGCACCCAGAUGCUACGCACCUUCCACCGGGUGGACAAGCUGUUUGAUGGAGAGUGGCACAAGCUGGCGCUGCAGGUCAAGGCCGAUAAGGUCAAGUUGCUGGUGGACUGCGAGGAGGUGAGCGUGGAGCCCAUCGGUGAUCCUAGACCCGUCAUCCGCCAGGGUUACACCUCUAUCGUGAAGAGGGCUGUGGGAGAUCGCUCCGCCUCAGUAGACCUCCAGCAGAUGGAUGUGUCCUGUGAUCCAGAGAAGGCCUACUCAGAAGGCUGCUGUGAGCUCUCCAGUGUGUGUGGCGGGCAUGCUGAGAUUGGCCUGACAGCAGGAAGGGCCACCUGUAAGUGUAUGCACGGACAGCCUGGCAACCAGGGACCCCCAGGACCGAAGGGUCAUAGAGGUCUCCCAGGCAACACAGGAGAGCCAGGAAGACUAGGCAACUGGGGAGGUAUGGGACAGACAGGUGACUAUGGCCACAUUGGAGAGCCAGGCCCUAAGGGCAUCGCAGGAAUCAGCGGGAACAAGGGGAUGAGAGGACUUCACGGCCUUGAUGGCGACAGAGGUCCCAAAGGUCUGAAGGGAUUACAUGGAGCCGGGGGCUUCAAGGGAACUCAGGGGUCACCUGGAGAGCUGGGUGAGACCGGAGUACAAGGAGAAACGGGUGAUCCAGGUCCACUUGGAUAUGAAGGAAUUCCAGGAUAUACAGGAGUGAAGGGAGAAGAAGGGGCCUCCGGUGUUGAAGGACCUCAUGGGCCACAGGGAAAGCAGGGUGUUGUAGGUGAUCCUGGAGAGUCAGGAGUUGCUGGGGAAAAGGGAAAACCUGGAACCCAAGGAUCAAAAGGAAGAUAUGGCACCAUUGGACAAAAGGGCAUUAUAGGAGAUCCUGGUUUGCCCGGGAGAGAUGGGGACAUGGGAAUAGAAGCUUACCAAGGACCCCAGGGCCCCGAGGGCAGAAACGGACAAUUUGGAAUAAUGGGAGAGAAAGGAAUGCUGGGGCCGGCAGGGGAGAUGGGGCCUCAAGGCCAAACGGGCCCCAGAGGUUAUAAAGGAUCAGCAGCAAAGCCAGGAAGACCCGGAUUUAUUGGACCCCCAGGACCUGUCGGGCAUGUGGGAGUAGCUGGCCGGCCAGGCCCCAAGGGAGAUAUAGGCAUUGAAGGGAUCCAAGGUGUCAAUGGUGAAACGGGAGAAAAGGGAGAAAAGGGCCCCAAAGGCGAGGUUGGAGACGCGGGUGCACAGGGUCCCCACGGCGGUCGGGGGAAGCGUGGGCCAGGGGGCGAGCCUGGACGCACAGGCCCAGUCGGAACAAAGGGGGUCCGUGGCGAUGGAGGACCAGUCGGAUUUCAGGGGCCGCCAGGGCCACCGGGCCCAACCCUCUCCGCACAACACGUGAUUGAGGUCUGCAAGAGAGUGGUGCUGGAACAGAUGUCCACCUUUGCCAACUCGGUGAAGAGGACGUGUGCCGCCGUGUGCCCACUCUAUGGAGACGUCCCCUUGGGUGCGCCCGGUCCCUCUGGACAAAAGGGACCCCCGGGACCUCCAGGUGGUGAUGGUAUUGCCGGUGUGAAUGGAGAGAUCGGACAACCAGGAUUCUAUGGGGAGGUAGGAGACGCAGGCCAACAAGGACAGCCAGGGGAUCAAGGAGAUCAAGGAGAUAAGGGAGCAGAGGGCCAUGGCCUACCUGGCUACAUCGGGGACCAGGGACCAAAGGGCCAACGUGGAAGACCUGGCAGAGCCUUCAAUGGCACACCAGGACGAGAGGGCGAGAGAGGCCAUGUAGGCCGGCCUGGACUGAGAGGUCACCCAGGACUACGAGGAGUCCCAGGCGUGUGUCAGACCACUGGGUGCGCUCUGCUAAACAACAACACAACCAACGGAUCACCUCAGAAUGCACCCCAGAGGUUGAGAAGACACCCAUAGAGGCAAAGAGGACACUUUUGACCAAGCUGCAUGGAUGUAUUAAUAAAGGGAGAGAGGGGGAGAGGGGGAGAGGGGGAGAGGUGUAGAGGGAGAUGUGGAUUGGGAGAGAGAAGAGAUUUUUUGUUGAUAAAUGUAUUCAAAUCAAAGUCUAAAUAAAUGCUUCAAUGUAAAUAUGCAUCCAAUCUCCACCCUGAAUGACUGAGAUAUCCAUUUUACUUUCUCAAAUAAAUCUGUUGUAGAAACUUGUACUGUUGGCCUUAAAACAACACUCCAUUCUCAUGGUUCAUUUGAAAAAGACACCAAUAGCUACGGUAUUAUUUUUGUUAAAAAUUAUGAAAGUUUAUUUGACACAUUUUAUUGAAACUGAUCCUAGUUGUCUUCAAAUAUCACUGUUCUUUAUAAUAAAAGUCCAAAAACGAU